CAAAAGCUACAGCAGAGAGGAAACCAUGUUGUGAAAAAUGUGUGUUUGUGUCGCUUCCAUGGUUUUUAACACGUUUCUGAAUAACUGAGCGUGUUGAUGUGAAGUUCAUCUGUCGCCAGCAGCAGCGGGGGUUUGGAUUCAUGGACAAAGACAAGAGCCACGACACUCAUGCUCCGUGCUCCUGGAUGGAGAUGCAUCAGUUCAUUGGUGAGCUCAUCACAUCUGGAAACACCUCCAAGGAUCAGCCAGAUGUGCUAAACGCAGCCUGGGGAAUGAGUGGAGGUGCUGGAGCGUCCCUGGGGUUCAAAGCCGCUUCGCUGGAGCCUCUACAACAUCCUCCACCUGAGGCCGGCCGACACACCCAGCCUCGGUCACCUCCGAGGAAAGGAGAGGCCAGAGACAGAAGUGAAGAUGUGCAUCACGCCUGCACCUGCCCUGGCUGCCCUUACUCCACGUCCCCGCCUUCCUUUGAGACCUUGAAACCCGGACACUCUCUGUCCUCGAUGGGGAGGACGGACGCCGUGUGCCACCCCAAAGACCUCAGCAUGUGCCUCCCGGACACCACCGCACAAAGCAGCAGCAGCGCAUCUGAGUUAGGGACCAGGACGUCCGGUCGACUGCAGGGGGAGGACCCAGACAGAGGGACCCAGAGCCCGGAGCAGAACUCAGAGGCUCAUCCACCCAGAGCGUCCUCCAGUUCCUUGUCCAGUCUCUCCAGGUUCCCCUGCCUGUGCUGCCACCGCAGCCUCCAGCCCUGCAGUCAGUUGCCAAGCAACCGGGACGGCUCGGACUCGCCGCUUUCCCAAACCCACGCCCAUCAUCAUUUUCAUCACCACCACUGCCCUUUAACCUCUUGUUUUUCCUGCCCUCAUCUUGCCCACUCUAGCUCCCAGCAGCUGCCUGGUCCCUUUCCCUGCUUCUCCUGCCAGCGCUCCUUUCCCACCUGCCCUCAGGUCUUCCACCAGCAGCAGAGGCCAACGCCGCAGCGGGAGGAGAGAGGCAGGACGGCGGCCUCUCUGCUGACGCUGCACCCCUGCAUGCACUGCUCGGCCUCCUUCACACGGCCGUCCCAGCUGCUGCAGCACCAGCGCUCCGAGCACGCCCACAAGCCGUCGGGCUUCAUCUGCACGGAAUGCGGCAGGGCCUUCAACUCCCACAGCAACCUGCGCAUCCACCUCAACGUGCACACCGGAGCCCGGCCCUACACCUGCUCCGACUGCGGGAAGAGUUUUAGCCAAUCAGGGGCUCUGAAGAUCCACAGGCGGAUUCACACAGGGGAGAGGCCGUAUUCCUGCGGGUUCUGCGGCAGGGGGUUCCCCCAUCUGGCAGGGGUCCGGGCCCACCAGAGGACCCACACGGGAGAGAAGCCCUACCGCUGCAGCCAGUGUGGCAAAUGUUUCACGCAGUCGGGGGCUUUGAAGAUUCACACCCGCAUCCACACAGGAGAGAGGCCCUUUAGCUGCAGCCUCUGUGGGAAAAGCUUCUCCAACCGCUCUGGGAUUCGCUUCCACUACCGCACAGUUCACGGCCUGGCGUUCGAAAACGCAGGUGAAGCCGGGGCUGGGGGAGCGCACCGUGGGGCAGCAGGCCGGGGUUUUCCCAGGACUUCACCCCCAGCCAGUGUUGGCCGAAUUGCACCUAACAGGACGGAUAGUGAAUCACAUCCAACUGCGACUUCCAGAGAAUCUGCUGAGUCGACCGCUGCUGAAGCAAGAAACCCAGGCAGUAACAGAGAGCGGCUUCUGUACGUGUGUGAAGACUGUGGCCUGCGAUUUAAAGAUGCUCCGUCCAGGAACCGACACCAGACCCUGGAGCACUACUCCUCUGAGGGGAGAGACGAGGAGGAGGGGGUUGGAGCAGAGGGAAGAGUUGAGCACAAAUGAGAGGGUCCGGGGUGAAGGGGGAGAGUGAAUCGAUGAGAGAUGAUACCACUUUGCGUAUCAGCCUAAAACGAGAAUUUUGGACAUUUACCAUGUCUGGUAUCAAUAUCAGAACAUCCCUAAAAUAAAUGUGAUUGGGGCAUCAACAACACCAAAGUUUGUAAAGUGUUAACAAAUAUUUGUGUGGAAUAUAUAUUUUCUUGGUAUUGAACUACUUCUUUUCGAGCUAUGUGGAUUAAAAUAAGUAUUCUCUAAAUAGACUUUAAAUUGUCAGCCCUAAAAGGAUUUCAAGAAGAUUCUGUACAACUAAUAUGCACUUGUUCCUAUUAUAAAAGCAAAAUAGUCUUAAUAGUUCUUCAGCAUUUAAUUGAUCAUUGUUAGAUUCUCUAUAAGGGAGAUAUUCAGGUGUGUGUAGCUUCAUGCUAUUGGCUUAAAGUAGAUGCUGCAGUACCACACCCACACACCAGGCCGAUGUCUGAACUGUUUUCAGUCGUUUUAUUGUGCCUUCUCCAGCAGUGGAAGAAGCUGUAUUCUUCUUAUUAGAGCCACAGAAAACAAUCACAAAAUUUCACUUUAGUAACAGUUUCAGAUAUAACGCAGGGCUGUCUCUGCCACCUGGUCUCAUUGUAAUCAGACAAGUAAUAUUUUUAAUCUUAAAUAUAUAUAUCUUAUAUUUUUGUCAUAUCAGUUGAAUUAAAUUAUGUUAUUUCACUGUUUAUGACCUUUAUUUCUCAUAUGAAAAUAGCUAAUUAACUUUAUUUGUGCUUCUCACUGAGAAAGAUGUUGAAAAUGAACGAAGAGGCCACACACUAGCUCCUCUAGUAUUAGUCUAGUUUCAGCUCUGGAGUAUGUCCGAGUCUUGCUCAAGGACACUGCAGUAGUUUAAAUCACAUCUGAAGUCCUCUCUCUUAAUAACGACCUAACCUUGCCUGUUGUGCCUUUCUGUAUUAUUGCAUAUUUGAAACCAGUAUUUGUUUGUUACUUUACUUUGUACGUUAUAAAUGGAUGAUGGUACAGGAACAACAACCAGCCGAUUAAAGACAACAAUCCACUAUUGUUACAUAUUCAAAGAGAGCCACCUAGUGGUUAUUUAAAAUCACAGCAACAUCUGAACCACUUUGUUACAGUGAACCGUUUACAGUGCUUCUUAAAUGUUUCCUCUUUACAAAACACGUUGAAAUGAAACUUUGUGAAUACAAUGUUUGGUGAGUUCAAGUAACAUUCAGUUCUUUGCAUUAACCUGUUAAACAGACUGACCCAUACAUUGCUGUAUGUAUUUUCUGAAAGUGCAGCACAUGACAACAAUAAACAGCAUCUCUGAGAUGCAACUGAA